UAUAUAUAAUACACACAGAUAUCCGAUUUGCAAACAACGCUCUCACUCUCGUCACUCACUGAAAAUCAUAGUCAAACUCGUUUUCCUCUCUUCUCCAAUGGCUGGUGCAAUGUUAAAGAAGGUCAACAAGAUUUGCCAAAUCGUGCAGCUGAAGCAGGUCAUGAAGCGCUGGAAGAAAAUCAGCCACCGCCCCCUCAACGACCCGGAACACCCGCCCUCUGGCUGCUUCUCCGUCCUCGUCGGCUACGAACAGCAGCCUUUCGCCGUCCCUGUGCUUUUCCUCAACCUCCCCGUCUUCGACGGCCUCCUCAAAGUAACCGAGGAGGAGUUCGGUCUCCGUGGCAAAAACUACGUGGCCUUCGCCUGCGAUGUAAGCUUCUUCUCGUACAUCCUCAAGUGCCUCCACAAGGACGAGCACAAGUACGGGAAGCUCUCUCUGGAACAGUUUGCUACCAUGUUCGCCGAUGCAGUGGCGGCGAAAUCGGAUUCUUGCAAGGGCCAAGACGUCAACGCUUUAACUACUACUCUGUUGCAGAAAGCAUAGUGGUUUAGUUUUUAGUUCACUUCAGAAUAUAUUUCAUCCUUGAAUCCAGUCCCUGCAAAUUUUAGAGGGUGGGUUUCAAUGUGGUGUUUUUGAACUUGUCUUUCAAGACUUGUUUCGUAGAUUAAUUGGGUUGUCUAUUGAUAUUUGCUAUGAUUGAUGUCAAAUCUUGUUCAUGACUUUGAUCAAAUUUUAGUGAUCAAUAUUGAGAAUUUGUUUUAUAUAUAUAUUAAUGAAAGAUGGUAAUUCUAGUUC